UUGAAAGAACUCACUUCCAGAAAUUCGGCAGUACGGUACAUCAUUGAUUGAAUAAGAAUUUCCGUGAUUUCCGCCACAUGCCGUACGAACAAACCGAGUGCUCACAGUAAUAUUGCAAAAUACGAACAGAACACCUCGUCUGAGAAUAUCUCGUUUUCCAACACGCUCAUCCUACCUUCCGUCACGCACCAUAUUUCAUGACGACCAGCAGAAAGAGUUACAGUGCCAACAAAGGCACGAACUCUACCACCGUCCAGUUUGACGUUGGGGGGAGAGUUUACAGGGUAUCGCGUUCGCUACUCGAGCUGUUUCCCGACACGAUGUUGUCACGAAUGGUGUCCAAGACAUGGGCGCAUGAUGAUGACGACGGCCGCAAGGAGGAAAUUCCUAUCUUCAUUGAGAGAAAUUCAGAGCGGUUCCAGUAUGUUCUAGAUUAUAUGAGGGACGGCCAGGUAGUGUCCCUGCCCGUGACCGUUUCCAAGAAGGGAUUCUUGAAAGAUCUCGAGUAUUAUGGGUUUGAAAACGUGGACGCAAGCUCCGUCUCUCUAUGUCCUUCCCUUUCGACAUACCUGGACAUGGGAGAGAAAUUCGAAAAGCUAGAGGCCAAAAGUUGUGAAAGAAAAGACGAGGAGCACAGGGCGGCCACGCUGGCUCAUUAUUCCUUUCUGAGGGUUCUGUAUUCUGGCGAUCUAACGUUUGAGAUAUAUCGUGGCAGCGCAACUUUUGCUAAGCAUGAGCACAAACGGUACGAAGAUCCGACCGUCAUAGAUAAAUUGAUCAAAAUUGCGAGGCAUAUUUCUAUCGACAACGUCGACGAGGCGCUGAACCAAUAUGGAAUGGAAUGCGCGAGCCUCACCAUGAACAGCGCACCCUCCGACCCAUUAACGAUAAAGCUCGGUAUCAUUGAUGGGAACUAACGGUCGUAUGAAUCGGUUGUGAAAGAGAACCGAAUUCCCCGUGAAAAGAGGCCUUCCCGGGUAGGCUUGUAAAGUAGUCAUGACACAAAUGAACUACAGUACAGGAACAUUGUUGACAAUCUACGGUCAUGAAGAUGCCAAACGAGAACUCUCAUAGGCAUGCUUCAAAAAAGUCGUUGGGCCAAUGUGGAAUCAAAUGUGCGGGUAUGCCUAGGGACACAAGAUUUCAAUCCAAUCGCACAGCUAGGACAAGUACGAAGUAGCAGUCGCAUAACAAAGUCUUUUGUUUCUA